UGCUAGUACUGAAUUCGAAGUGUAAUUUCUAUUUACAACUUUUUUACUGUAAAACUUUUGUAAUUUGUUUGCUGCUUCUAAAACGUACGCCCUUCCAUUGUUUAUAAAUAAUUGAACUUCUAAUGAGGUAUUAAAGAAAGGACAAGAUGCGGAAAUCUAUAGCAUUUUUUGGAGGAGCUUUGUUUGUCGUGAUGUCUUUAUCAAUUUAUUUGGUGGUGGACCAAUUAUCAAGAAUGCCGAGUUAUGAAAGCGUCAUUGAAGCUCAGGUAUAAAUGUCGACAAUGUCGAGUCUUGGUGAAGGCUGUGUUUCACGAAACACACGUUGCCAGCGCUUAAAAAUCUUUAGAAAUGAUUGAUUUGUCUGAACGAAAUUGUGACAAAGAAAAUAUAAACAAACUGUCAUGAUGAACCAUCUGUGUUCUUUGUCCACAUGACAUUCACACAGCCAGUUCUUGACAGAUGACUUGAUGUGCAUAUUGAGUAGAGCUGCUUUCAUCCGUUCAUGUUCAUAAUCAAUUGAUAUUUGCAUGCCAGUCAGGUAGACAUAAUAAAUAGAAUAGAACCUAAUGUUUCUUCUGGAGAUGAGCUUUGAUGCGCACAAAACUGGCAUAAAACUCUGCACGCUAUUCGGUGCAACACAUGACUGACCAGCAUGACGCAUGCUUCCAUUGAUAGACUAAAUAUGUUUUCAUAAACAAAAGUCGAUGAAUUGAGUUUGUGUUAAUGACGGAACUUUGUUACAAUGCUCCUCCAUAGGUGAACAGAAAGGUAAUUGAACCUUUAAUGAAGAUUGAGAAAGAUAUGGAUCGACUUGAAGAGAAGAUAAAACUAUCGCAGAAAGCUGUCAACCAGUUGCAAGGCGAUUCCUUGAAACUGGAUGACAACACUGUUGCCAAUCAACGAGAAACUGUUCCUGAUGUUGAUGGCGACACUAGUCCAAGAAAAUCAUUCCAGUCUCUUGUGUUUGUUGAUAAAGAAAAUGAUGAUGGAUGUAAAUUCUCUAAGACACCUUCUGGACUGUCUUCCGAUGUUAAGGCAAGUGAAAUGUUUCUGAUGCAUGAUUUUCAGGUCACAAGUAAAGUUGUCUGCAGUUAUAGAGAGAGUAAAAUAACACAGUAGGGUGCAAUCCAAUUUAAUGGGUUAAUAAUUAGUUGCUUAUAUUUGCCAAGAAGUUACAUUUCAUGGCCUGUCUGUGAGCAUCAAAGCAGAUUAAUCUAUUAGCUACUUCAGUGCCAGUAUAAUAGAAAAUAACUCAUGCCUUAGGUAGGCCAGGUGUGAUAAAUAACCUAAACCAAAGACCAGUAACUCAUUGUGCAACAUUGCUACAUGCAUAACAUAAUUCAUUGUAUUUUUAUAUCAUAGAUGUUAGAUGUGUAUGACUUUCUUCCAUUCGAUAACCCAGAUGGAGGGGCCUGGAAACAAGGAUGGAAUGUUCAGCGAGACAAAACUGAACAACACUUGGAUGUCUUCGUUAUCCCUCAUUCACACAAUGAUCCUGGUAUGUACACAUUGAUCCUAGUUUUGUACCUUAGAUAGCCUUCAUUUACUUUAUUAUUUCACUCUGUCCAACACCAGACAAUUUUACUUGUCAAGGGGAGAGCGCUUUCUGGUACUCAAUGGGUUAGUCUUCACCAUAUUAAAUGCUAAUUUGUGCUCUGACCUCAGGUUGGAUAAAAACACUGGAUGUAUACUACCAGGAUCAGACGAGACAUAUUUUAGACAAUGUUGUUGAUGCAUUAGCAUUAGACAAACGAAGGAAAUUUAUCUGGGCAGAAAUGUCAUAUCUUUCAAUGUGGUGGGAAGAUGCUGAUGAAAGACGGAAGAAAUUAUUCAAAGAGUAUGUCAUAAAUCUACACCAUUGUUUUAAAUGGCAUAGUGCCUAGAGAUUUAUCAUAGCGGAUACUAAUUGUUACCCUAACCUGAUUUUUAAGCCUUUCCAUAAAACUAACAACCAUUACUAUAUCUGUAUAGGCAAGUGAAAAAUGGUCAGCUAGAGAUAGUUACUGGUGGUUGGGUAAUGAAUGAUGAAGCAAACACUCAUUACUUUGCUAUGAUUGAUCAACUCAUUGAAGGACAACAGUGGUUGCAAGCAAAUAUAGGUAUACUCAUAACUAUCUCGAAUGUGGCGGUCCAAUGUGUAGGAUGUUUUUAUUGAAAAAGAAAAUCUGCAAAAGAUUAUGAGUGAUUGUCUUGAGAGUUUCUAAUGUCUUUAACUUCAAUUGAUUGUGUUGCUGUAUUUUGAACAGGUGUUAAACCUCGUGCAGGCUGGGCUAUUGAUCCGUUUGGUCACACUCCAACCAUGGCCUACAUUUUAAAGAGAUCAGGUUUUCAUUCAAUGUUGAUUCAAAGGACACAUUAUGCUGUGAAGAAAUAUCUGGCUAGGAGAAAAAAAUUGGAAUUUAUGUGGAGACAAAACUGGGGUAUGAUUUGAAAACUAUUUAGUAUAGGAAAGUGGUUAGUCACAGAUUGAUUGUAAAUUGAAAGUAUGCUAUUUCUUAGACCAUUCUUCAACUACUGAUAUGUUCUGUCAUAUGAUGCCCUUCUACAGUUAUGAUGUACCACACACCUGUGGACCUGAACCUGCGGUAUGUGUUGUACCAGCAUAUUUGAUCACCUGUAAAACAGUAGUUGUGAAAACCUAUGUCAUUUGUUUCUUGUCUUUCCAGAUUUGCUGUCAGUUUGAUUUCCGACGUCUUACUGGAGGUGGUAUAAGUUGUCCUUGGCAUAUACCUCCCGUGAAAAUUGAUAACAAUAACGUGGCUGAAAGGUAGUAUUGUGUUGUUCUGAACCAAUCAGAAUACAAAGAUUGUUUUUCUAACCCUGGCUGUUUUUUAGAGCAGAGAAGCUACUGGAUCAAUACCGAAAGAAGGCAACACUUUAUAAAAGCAAUAUUGUAUUGAUUCCUCUUGGAGAUGACUUCAGAUAUGAAAUGAAGUUUGAAACAACAGAGCAAUUUUCAAACUAUCAGGUUAGUCCCACUUAUUUAUGAAUGUAGUAAGUUCAACAUAAACUACCAAUGCCACAUGUGAAUAUCUGAUCAUAAAAUAAGCACACUGACUUUGAAUUAUCACCAAGAAACUGAUAGUUUUUCUGAAUCUUCUUUAUAGAAAUUGUUUGACUAUAUGAAUUCUCAUCCGGAACUCAAAGUCAAGGUAAGUUUUGCCUCGAUUAACACACAAGAAAAAGUUAAGAAGUGAAAACUAACCAUGUUUUCUGUAGGCUCAGUUUGGUACACUGUCAGAUUACUUUGAUAAACUGUGGAAGAAAACUGGUGCGAAGCCUGGGACCCAACCUUUAGAUUAUCCAACUUUAAGUGGAGACUUCUAUACUUAUGCUGACAGGUUUGUCAAGUUUUGUGUAAUGUAAUGUUAUAUUGGAAUUAUUUAAAUCAUGUCAUUCAUAUAUUACUGUGAUUUAUAUAUAGGGAUGACCAUUACUGGAGUGGAUACUAUACAACUAGACCAUUUUAUAAAAACAUGGAUCGCGUCUUGGAAUCAAGACUUAGGUGACUAACUGUCCUUAACUCUCUUGUUUACAACAUGCUUUACCAGAAUUUCUAAUCUUCGUGUCACUGUUGUGUUUCCACAGAGCUGCAGAGAUUAUUUAUCAUCUUGCUUACUCUCAUGCCCGCAAGGAAGGAGUGCCAUCAUUCCCCUCCAGCAAUUUAUUCCACCUGCUGAUGCAGGCCAGAAGGAACUUGGGACUGUUUCAACAUCAUGAUGGAAUCACAGGGACGGCUAAAGAUCAUGUUGUGGUUGAUUAUGGAUUCAGGUAAGUGACAGGCACAAACUAUUGGAGGUUUGACAAUAAAUUGUGAACAUAAUAGUGACUCAAUUUUGCUGGAAAACUCUUGAAUUUUCUGUUUAGGCUACAUCGUUCUCUUCAAGACACAGCUCGCAUUAUAGAAGAUGCGUCUUAUUUCUUGUUGCAUGAAUCAAGAAACGAUUAUAAACCAAAUGACGAGACAUUGACCAUGGUUCAAUAUGUAAGUACAGCUGAGUCAAAGUGGCGUUCUUCAUCACAAUCUCAUCAUUUCAUUUUGUUUAGGAUGAAGAGAGGAAAGGUCAAGAUGGCUUCCCCACAAGAAGAAUCCUUCCAAUGAAAAACUCUAAACCAAGGUAAGAUCCCAAAACGUCUGAAACACGGAGAGAAUGUCCCCAGUUGUCUACAUGAUCGUCUUGGAAAAAGGUUGGAGUGAUUAAAUUUAGUACUGAAAAUGUUUCGAGUAUAAAUCUUACCUGCGUAUGUGUAAACCUCGACUUUUUCGUUAAGGAAAGUAACGCUGUAUAAUUCUUUGGAGGACGAUCGUGUCCAAGUUGUCAGUGUUUAUGUUUCAACACCAAAAAUCAAGGUAGUUAUAAUGAGAUAUAGUAAUCAAAGCCAAUGAGAGCGUUAUUUACGACCGAUCUCGGGAAUAUCUCCAUUCCCCUACCACAUGAAUCCAGCAGUAAUUUUUUUCACUAGGUUACAAAUUUCAGUGGACAAUUGGUUAAUUUUCAAGUUAGUCCAGUAUUUGAUAAUGAUUUUAACCCGGUACCUGACAGUUACCAGGUGAGUGUGAAGACGAUUGUGCGUUUUUUAACUAAAUUGAUAAUCCAGAAGAAAAACAAAUUAUCAAUGUGCGAGUGGAAAGAAAAUUUUCUUUCUCGUUCAAGGUUCAUUUCGUGGCGCGCAUUCCACCAUUGGGACUGGCAACCUACACCAUUGAAGAAACAUCAAGUGCAAGCUCACUUAGUUCUGUUUCUCUUUAUCACUUUGUGGGCGAUGUCUUUGUAGAGUAUGUAUUAUUCUUUCUUAUCACUUUGUGGGCGAUGUCUUUGUAGAGUAUGUAUUAUUCUUUCUUAUCACUUUGUGGGCGAUGUCUUUGUAGAGUAUGUAUCUUAUCACUUUGUGAGCGAUGUCUCUGCAGAGUAUGUAAUAUUCUUGUUUUUGAGGGGGUUUAGUGUGGGAAUGAGAUGUGCAUUCAUGGAAUUAUGUGCUUUUUCAUAAUUGAUACAACCCUAUCCCUAAUCCUUGUGACGUGAUUUCGGAAAAUGAAAAGUUAUCCAAUUCACGACAUUCUUCACACGAGGUUUUAUCGUUGCUUGCAGUAACUCCUUCACAGUGGAACGUAAGGAUUGGAGUGGAGGAGAUAUCGUCUUGGAAAAUGAUCAACUACAUAUUACAUUUGAUAGUUCACAUGGAAUGAUGACGGUAAGUUUUGCUUAGACUCUGAAUGAUUUCUAACAAUUUAGGGGCCAUUCACAAAGGAUGUCCGAGCCGAGGGGGGGGGGGGGGGGGGGGUUUGGAAAUUCAGGACAAACUCGGACAUAGGGGGGGAGGAGGGGUUUUUAGCAAUCCGGAUGUCCGAAAUUUAAAAAAUUUCAAAAACAAAUUUCUUUUCCCUCUAUUUUGAGCAGUCCUUCCCAUUGUGAAAUUGGUAUUUUGACUAUGCGGUUAACACUAGAUUUUGUUUUAAUUAGUAAUUUAUACGUUUUUGUGUUCACAUUUACAGUUAUAAAAAGUUCUAAAAGUAAAAAAAGUUUUUUAAUCUUGAUAUAUACAAGGUUGCGUGAGUUUUUGCGAGGCAUGGCGGAUGUCCGGGGGGAGGGUCACUAAUUCGGACAAUGCCGGACAAGGGGGGAGGGGGGGGGUCUGAAAAUCCAUCAUUUGGCCGGACAUCCUUUGUGAAUGGCCCCUUAUAAAUUCCUAUUGGCAUCUUCUAUUGUAGAAACUAACAACAGUUCAAGAUGGUAAAACUCUAGACUUGCUCUUGGCUUUCAUGACGUACGGUACUACUCAUACCGCUGACAGGAGUGGAGCUUACUUGUUUUUACCUGAUGGCCCUGCUCAAGUAAGUUUGAAUAUUUGAAAUCAACCAAACACAACAGUUGUUACAAAAGUUGAUAUGGUGGGGAAUGGUAAAUAGAUGAUUAGUAACAUUACGAAUGGUCAUACUUAGUCAUGUCAUUUGUCACUGAAAAGCCGUAAUAGGGAGUGAGCUCAGUUAUCUGUAAUUUUGUAGCUAUUUUGUCGCCGCCUAAAUUACAGUAAACAUUUCAGCAAGUGAACAUUGAGUCCAACUGUAACAAGGUUUAACAUGCUGGCAUCUCUCAUUCAAAGUAUUUUACUCUAUGUUUUUAAUAUUUCUAUCCAGCCACGCAUCGGAUCUCACUGUAAGAUGAUUGUAUUCAAAGGAAAAGUGAUCAAUGAGCUCACUGUAAAACUACCGCUGGUCCAACAUACCGUCAGGCUGUAUAAUAUUCCAGGUAUGGACGUGUUGUAGCCAUGGUGUCCACGGACAACAGCAUCACCCUGCAUUAGUAAUGCUUCUUUAUAUUUGAUGUUUAGGUCCAGAAGGGAUGACAGUGGACAUUGAGAAUGCUGUGGAUAUACGAGAUGAGCGUAACAAGGUAUCGAAAUGUUUUUAAAAUCAUGAAGGAGGUCACGUAGUCUGUCUUCCAUUUUUCUUAGAAAACCGUCUGGGUAACGACACAAGAUUGUGUGUAUCGUUUUGUCACAAGCUAGGCAAGCUUUUCAAUCAAUAAACAUUUCGUUUUAGGAACUUGCUAUGCGAUUUACAACUAAUAUUCAAAACAACGAUGCGUUUUUCACUGACUUAAAUGGAUUCCAGGUAUUAUUCAUGUCGUUUGAUACUAUUUUACUAAUUCUCUUCAAAAUGUUCUUGAUGAGACAUGAUCCUAACCCUUGCUUAAAUUCAAACCCGAGCUCUUUCAACUAUUGUUGUAGAUGCAACUCCACAGGACGUUAACAAAGCUUCCCUUGCAAGCAAACUUCUAUCCAAUGCCUAACUCAGCCAUCAUUCAGGAUAAAACAAAUCGCCUCACUUUACACUCCGCCCAGGCGAAUGGCGUGGCUAGUCUGAAGUCAGGUAAGUUGGUUCCAAAUCUUCUCUGUAAUCAAUUGUAAACAAGUUGUUUUUAUUACCAGCCAACAAAUUGAGAAAGUGACUAAUAUUUUCACGUUAUAUCGUAUAGGUACUCUUGAAGUGAUCCUGGAUAGACGUCUUAGCCAAGAUGAUAACCGUGGCUUAGGUCAGGGUGUUCAGGAUAAUAAACGAACUCCAGCCAACUUCAGACUUUUUGUCGAGAAACUUCAGACUAAAGAAGACCAGGCGUCAGCAGGUGUCCCAUUAACAUAUCAUUCUCUCGCAAGUAACACCAUUUCCCAGCAUCUAUCUCAUCCUAUCUCAGUCUUACAUCACUCACAUACCGACACCUCAACACUUCGGCCCGAGUUUGCGGGUUUAACCCGCGCGCUACCGUGUGAUAUGUUCAUCGUGAACUUGAGAACAAUACAGAAAGGUUUGGAACCUGAGCCCACAGAACAAGCUGCUCUAUUGUUACGUCGUCAUGGUUAUGACUGUUCAUUCCCGUCAUGGUGUAGAACUACAAUGGGAAAGGUGGGUGUCGCUAUAAAUGUUACAAACGCCACCAUACGAACGAAAUACUAAAUCCAUAUUUUUCUUUGCAGAUUCCAUUGAGUACAUUAUUUAAAGAUCUAGACAUUAAUAAUAUUCAAGAAACAUCGCUGACCUUGAUGCAUGACGGUAAGACAGUCGCACGUGACUCAACACUGGACCUCAAACCAAUGGAAAUAUAUACGUAUAAAGUGAAGCUGGAGUAGAGAGAUUUACAAUUGGGAAAAUUUUUUGUAGAUAAAGUGUAGGAAUAUUUAUUGCUGAAGCAAAAGGGGAAAAUUUUCCACGACAGACAAGUUCUAGCUUGAAGGCUAUCAACGGACAUACAACAUCUUCAUUGCUAUGAAGAUGUGUUAAAAAUACACAACGCAAAGUCAGAAAAUAAAUUUUACUCUUUUCUAUUAACUCUUGUUUGAAAGUAGUUUGCUGCGGUUUUUAUCUUUAUAAAUUGUAAAAUUGGGAAAAACCAUUGGGAAAAACCCGUUUAUAUCCAUGGAUGUAGCUAUUGCAAGUUUGCAACUAUGUUUCCUGAGAAUGAUUGUGUCGCACUUUGGAUGUAGCAAAUUUGUAGCGAAAUAUGUGGUCACCAAUUGAUUAACAUUACUAAAACAAUUUUAUAUUGUG